UUACUGCUUUAAAAUUUAUAUUAAAAUAAUUUCAAAAAAGAAAUCUAUUUUUAGAGUCUAAAGUCUUGUUUGAAAAUAAUAUUUUCCAUUAAUGUUUAUAUCGAAUGUUUAAAAUGGGGAUAAAAAUUGCUUAAUUAUAUUUUUAUUCCUUAAAAAAAGUUUAAAAAAAACUCUUGGUAAUUGGCCUCUAUAUUUUGCCUCUUCCCUCCCCUACCCCUUCUUCACAUCAUCUUCCGAAGCUUCUCUCACUCAAAAGCUCUCUUCACCUUUUUUUUUGUCAGAAAAAAAAGAGUAAAAACAGAUCAGAGAGGAAUGGAUUACUACGAAAAUUGGUUCUCGGAAGAAUUGGUGGCUUUGAGAAGUGAACAUUACGACGAAAAACCGAUUAUCAAUGACGAGAUCUGCUUCAAUUAUUACGACGACAUUGGCGGCGCCGGCGGGGGCGAGUGGCUGCAGAGCGGCGAUUGCUUCGGUGAAAUUGCAAUUCCACCGCCCCCCGCCACGGUCUCAGCCUGUUUUGACGAUGAAUGUCUGGCAUUCGCCCAGCAGAGCCGGGACGGAUACGGUUCGCUGUUCCCCGAUUUUUACUGCGGCGGUUACGGGCCGCAGUUACUCGGAGACGAGGAGUCGUUUCUCUCGAAUUCGUUGCUGUUUCCGUCGUUCCCGGAGAUCGUGAACGACUACAGCUGCUGCCGUGGUGGCGGUGCUGUAUCUUCCUCCGUCGCCUUGGAGCCUGCCUCCGCCGUGGAUGUUGAGGCGCCGGCGGGAUGCUUCGGCGACGACAUUCGGAGUUGCUCCGACAAGAACGAGAAUGAGGAUAAGAAUAAGAAGGCGGUGAAGUCGAAGAUGAAUAAGAUCCAUGGACAGCCGUCGAAGAAUUUGAUGGCGGAGAGAAGGCGAAGAAAGCGGCUUAACGACCGCCUCUCCAUGCUCCGAUCAGUUGUUCCCAAGAUCAGCAAGAUGGACAGAACAUCGAUAUUGGGGGAUACGAUAGAGUACAUGAAGGAGUUGUUAGGUAAAAUCAACACUCUCCAAGUGGAAAUGGAUACAAAAGACCUCACCAUCUUCCACAAUGUCAAACCCAAUGAGACGGAACUCAAAAAUUCACCAAAGUUUGAAGUGGAGAGGAGAGGGGAGAAGGAAGCGAAGAUAGAGAUAUGCUGUGGGGGGAGGGCGGGUCUGUUACUGUCCACCGUCGCCACUCUGGAGACUCUGGGCCUUGAGAUUCAACACUGUGUCAUUAGCUGUUUCAAUGACUUUGCUCUGCAGGCCACUUGCACCACGGAAAAGGAGCAAAGGAAAUGUUUAAGUUCAGAAGAAAUAAAGCAGACGCUGUUUAGAAAUGCUGGAUAUGGAGGAAAGGGUUUUUAGUGCAUGUGUAGACUACUUAUUAAUGGCGUAUUUUAUAUUAUAUAUGCAUUGAAUAUUUAUGUGAGAUUGGAGCUUAGUAUUUAGUUAUUAUUGUGAAUUUUGUAUUCGUCCUAAUAAAUAAUUAAGUGGCCAUCAU